CAGCGACGUUCAUGUACAGAAUCGAACGCACCCGUGUUUUCCUUCUCGGUGAACCAAUCACAGAGAGCGGUGAUGUAAACAAGGAAGUAGCAAACGAAACUGAGCACGAUUAAAACAAAAUACAGAACACCCUGUACUCGAAUAAGAAAAUGGAUGAAAGACACAAGAAAAUUCUUCAACGCCUAAGGAUCAAUCUGGUGAGAGAUCUGGACCCUUCAAGCCUUUACGACUGCCUUUAUGAGAAAGGAAUUUUCACCCUCGACAUGAUCGAUGAAAUAAAAUGCUCAGGGACCAGACGGGACCAGGCUAGAGAGUUAGUGCGAGACUUAGAGACCCGUGGGAGCCGUGCUUUUCCAUUAUUUCUGGAGUGCCUUCGGGAGACAGGUCAGCUCAGUUUGGCAGAGCUGCUGCAGAAUGGGGCUCCAGCUAUUAAGCUCCAGCCAGCAACACCAACUCAGACUGUUCGUCCUGUUUUACAGCCUCUCCCAAUUACCCCUGCAGUCGAUGUCAACAAACCUAGAAUUGAUGAUAUUCCUGCCAAUCCAACCCAGAGCCCUAAAACAACUCCAACUCCAACUCCAACUCCACCUGCUGAAGGUGAGUUCAUGAGGCCGAGGCUGCCCAGCAGAACUCGACGGGAUAGCCUACAGAGCUAUAAAAUGGAUGCUAGCCCAUGUGGACAUUGCCUCAUCAUAAACAAUGUGGAGUUUGAUCCUCAGAGCGAGCUGAGUAACCGAAAAGGAUCCAACAUAGAUUGUGAUAAACUGGAGAGAAGAUUCAAGGCGCUAAAUUUUAUUGUGGAAGUGAGGACAAAUCUAAAACAAAAGCAAAUCAAACAUGAACUGUCAGCUUUAUCUAAAAAGGACCAUUCGCAGUAUGACUGCUGUGUUGUUAUCAUGCUGUCCCAUGGGACUGAGGUGAGUCACAACCGUUUCCCAGGUGCCGUGUAUGGUGUUGACGGGCAACAUGUCCCAGUCCAGUACAUUACAAACUACCUUAAUGGCCAGCAUUGCCCCUCUUUGCAGGGCAAACCCAAACUUUUCUUUAUCCAAGCUUGUGGAGGAGAUGAAAGAGACACUGGUUUUGAGGUGUCUCCUGAUGAGGUCGAACCAUCCUUCGGUGGAGCAGACGACCAAACUGACGCCAUACCAAUGUCAUCCAGCAGUGACUCUCUGAGCAUGUCUGAUGAAAUAGAUGCCCGAGCUACACUGCCCACUCCGAGUGACAUUUUAGUGUCCUACUCUACUUUCCCUGGUUAUGUAUCAUGGAGAGACACCCAGUCAGGCUCCUGGUACGUAGAGACACUGGACCGUAUUCUUGAGGAAAAUGCUGCCACUGAUGACUUGGUCACAAUGUUGAUGAUGGUAAACCAUGAAGUCUCCCAAAACUCUGCAAAAGGCCUCUACAAGCAAAUGCCUGGUUCUUUCAACUUUCUCCGCAAACUUCUCUACUUUCAGCCCCGACCAUAGCAUCCAGUUCCAACCAAAUACUGACCAGUUUUUCUUUAAGGAAUUAUCAGCCAGUUUUACUGUUUAUUGUGCUUGGCAUUUCUUUUGAAUAAUUCUCAGGGGUGAUGUAGAGGUUAGCAUAUGCUAAUUUCUGGUUUUAUACUGAUGUAAUACCUUACUGUGCAUUUUUUAAUGUUUAACUUUGAUCACGAACUGUGUUUGAUACACUUUUUGGGCUAUUUAUAUGCUUUGAAAUGUGGGUUAUGGAUGUCUUUUUAAGUAUUCUUGUGUCCUGUACAUCUCCGCAGCUUCCAAUCUUUCAUCUUUCAUUGAUAACCCACAUGAACUAUUUUACUGACUUUAUCAAGUUCAGUUAAUUUUGGGAUUUCUCAGCAAAAAUGGGAUUAACAGUUAUUUUAUGUGUGUAGAGGUUAUGUCAAGGAAAUGUUUGACUUGACAAGAGCCACAAAUGAGAGUUAAAAGUGCCCUAGUUUACAGUAAAGUUCAAAUUAGAAUAUAUUUCAGCACAAUCAUGCAUUGAAAUACAACAACAGGAUUCAAACCGCUGACGACAAAUGCCAAGAUUCAUGAUUCAGGAAAAAAAAUUCUUAAAAAUUUGAAAAUUUUUGAAUUUAACGUUAUUUAAUGUUAUAUAUCAGAAACAUUCUGCAGACAAUCAAACAAUAUUUCAGUGGCUGCUUAUGUAAUUUUGCUCUAACUGAACAAAACACUAGUGAAGAGAGAUUAUCCAUUCUCUCUUGGUGUAGAGCUUUGUUUUUGCUGCCCAUCAGUCUGUGUGCUUGACUUGUAUUAAGGGCUAAAUACAGAUAUGGAUCUCUUCUUUCAAUAUGGAAUUAGUAUCUUGUCUUUAUUUCAAACUUAAUUUGUACAAACAAAAAGAGAAAAUAAAGCUGUUUUAUCAUUGUUGACCUGUAUAAAUUAAUAGCAUUGUAGCUUAAACUUUUAGCCCUUGAAAAUUUUUGGAAUAGUUUUAAAACAUCUGUUAAUAAAAGGAGAAAUGCAAACAUAUAAGUGGAACUGACAAAAUUUAACUGUAUGAUGACACACAUCUCAUAAUGUCUAUUCUAAGAGUGAUAACAUUAACACCCUCCCGAAGAUUUUAGACUAAGCAAACAUUUUAUAAAUUAAUCAGGCAGUGCUGCUGCUGCUGACAUCUGUUGUCACAGUUUAUAGGCAUGCCACUUUUACUGUUACAUAUGCUCUCAAAUCUGUCAGCCAUCUAGUAAUGGUUCAUUACAAAUGUUACCUCAAGACAAUUAAGGGCAUGUCUACUGUACUCUGUUAUACCCCAACAUUAAUCUUUCAUGAACACAGCAAUAAGCAGCACAGGGCAAAGUUACAUUAGCAGGGGAAAACUUUCCUUCAACCACAUUCAUGUUGAACAGCACCAACUGGGUAUAAGGGGAUAGAAGGAGAGUAAAGAAAAACUGCAGUAAAAGAAAGAACUCUUCCACAGCAAUGACUAAAUUGCUGUGAUGCAAUAUAUGAUAUGAUGUCAGUCACAGAGGACUUUCUGUAUAUACUGUAUACCACCCUUAUUUUUAGAGCCCUCUCUUGCCACCAGGGGUCUCCAGUAUCAUGAUAAGCUUCUAUGGUGUGGUUUUCUCUCUCCAAAUUAACAUGUUGUAUUAAAUGUUGGUUUAUCUCUAAUAAACUGAUUUGAUCCUAAUCUAAAAAGAAUUAAAAAAACAUUAAAACACUGUCACAUAAAGAUUGUCAUAUUUAAAUGCAUUGACAGUGGUGACAGUGUCAACCAGGAGUAGAGCCAGACAUGUUAAAUAUCUGGAGCUUAGCCCCAAACUUAUGAUGGUCCAGCAGCAUGU